GAAUGGCGUUGAUUCCAAUGUUUUGGGGCUCAUAUCGCUCCACUGGUACUGCUGCAUUCGGCGCCAUCGUUUACUAUUUUUGGUCGACUGAUUCUUCGUCCGGUCCUAAAAAAAUUACAACAACACACAAAAAAACAGUUACAAAGCCACUGGACCUACGCUGAAAAAAUGUAAAAGUUAGAGCCUUCAACGGACCUGCAAGAAUUCCACUGGAGACGAUCGUAUUUCAAAGGCGAGACAAUGGACUGCCACCAUCGCAUUGAAGUGCCCCUGCGGGCCGGGAAGAAAAUGAAGAAACGUCGGGAGCUGGACGCCCUGAUAGCCUCCCAGUCGUCCUCGUCCAAGAGAGCCAACCGGAGAGUCCCCGGAGCCACCAAUUCCCAGGACAAACUGCUCUCGGUCUCGACCGAUGACCCUGAGGAUUACGCAUGGACGAAUGUCGCUGGAUCUAGUCGCCGUAGUCACCGCAAAAUUGCUUAUUUCCGCAUGUGCGGCCCCCUUUUAUUGGGAAUUAUAGGCAUUUUAAUUGUGGCCAUUUUGUACUGGCUCUACUUCGAUCUGCGUCAGCAACUCACCGAUUAUCGCCAGAAGAUCGAAGACGUGUCUGCAAUGAGCAAAAACUUCCCCGACACCCUUCAAAGGUGGCACGAGACUUCAUCUUUCCUGCUGAAGAAUCAGACGGUCGUCAUUUCGGAAAUAAAUGAACUCCAAAAAACCAUGGAGAGUCUACGGAACAACUUUAGUAAUCUGGAGGCUGCUGUGGCAGCCCAGAGAAACCAUGGAAAGGACGAGAAGUUGGUGGCAGACUUCGGCGCCAAGAUAGAAGCCGUGGCUACGGAUAUAGAGGCCAUCAAGGAACACUAUAAUAAGUACACCGAGGUUCAGAAAACUCUUCAGGCCGACACAGAAGCCCUAAAGCUCAACCUCUCGCAAUUACCAACACUCCAAGCCAACGCUUUGCCCGCCAAUUUAUCGGAAGAUAUUGCUGCUCUCAACAAAACCACUCUUGAUUCCUUUAAGCUAUUGGCCAACGAUCUGAAGGAUGUGAAUAAUACCCUAAGUCAAACAACGAAAAUGCUCGCCGAGGAAGUAUCUCUGCAUAAGACAAAAAUAGACGACUUGCUGGAUCGAUCGGAAAAUAUUACGUCCCAUGUGGCCACCAUAAGUAACAGUUGGCCGGAAUAUAAGCAGAAAGUAUCAAGCUUCGAUGAGUCUUUAGAUAAAAUUGAAAAAGAGAUAACGCUAACAAACAGUAAGAAUAGCUUGCUGGCUUCAUCGAUGGAUCAACUGAAGAACUUUUGCAUUCAGAGCAUGGGAAAUAAAAAAUCUCCCAUCAGCGAGGAUAGCUCAGCAGUCGCCAAGCCAUUACAGCCUGAAGCAAAUGCCGCCAAGCCGGAAUUUGUAAAGCCGUCUGCAAAUGCCACAGAGCAGCUACAGGAAUCCAUGAAGCUGUAAGCUGUCGCAUUUUUUUUAGAGAUGCCCGUUGUAUUACCAAAUUUGUUCGAUUCCAUAUUUAGCCAUUAAGACUUCAUGGGUUCCAUGUGUCAAAGUCACAGCCAACGAUAACUAAAUUACAUUUAACACACGAAAGCUGCAAUGUACAUAUGGUUCAAAGAGCUCUUUAACUUAAUGACAAAAUAUAGGAUGAUGAUGUGCACGUGUGAUUUCAGUUAAGUUUACUUUUAAAGUCCGUUUUAGAAAAUGUAACUGUACAUAAGGGAGUGAAGUAAAACGUAAGUCCAAUAUUAUUCACUUUAGAUACACGAUAUGUAUUUUAUUUCCAAAUAAUAAAAUCAAACUAAAGCUCACAAAGUAAA